UUCCCAGGGCCUGGUCACCCAAUUGGCUACAGAGGCAGAGGGGGAGGAAGGAGAGACUCUGACUCCCUCUGACUGCAAGCAGCCCCUGGCCAUUGAGGAAACCAGCGACCUGGAGGUGGGGUUAAGUGACAGUCCCGGGGAGGAGUCUGGUCAGUCAGUGGCAGAGGAAACAGACUCUUGGGGAGAAGUUGGAGGACGCCCCUGAGGGUGGGGGUGCACUACUUACAGGAGCACCUGAGCUCCCUGCUGAUUGCUUAGCGGGGAGGAGGAGUUCACGCAGGAGGUUCUGGCGGACCCCAGCUUGGAGGAACUCCGGCAGAGGGCUCAGGAGUCGGAGACGGAGUUCACCCCAGAAAAGAGGGAACAGGUGGUCUGGGACAAGGGACUCCUUUAUCGGUCGUGGAUACCGAAGAACCUGGCCGAGACCUGGGAGCCCUCUCGCCAGUUCGUAGUACCUCAAAAGUUCAGGCAGCAAUUGUUUUCCUCAGUUCCUGAUUAAGCUUGUGCCGGUCACAUAGGCAGGGAACGGACGCACCAGCGGCUGCAGGCGAACUUCUCUUGGCCCAGGAUUGCCCAGAACGUGACGGACUACUGCAAAUCCUGUGAGACGUGCCAGCGGACGGGCAAGAGUGGGGGCAAACAAAGAGCUCCCCUACAGCCCCUCCCGAUCAUCGAACAACCUUCCUACAGAGUGGGUAUAGACAUUGUGGGCCCGCGGAGACAUCGGACCUGCAGAGGGAAGAAAUGUAUCCUGACUCUGGUGGACUUUAGGACACGGUACCCGGUGGCAGUUGCCUUAACCUCCACCGAGGCACCAGUAGUUGUGAAUGCCCUGACUAACAUCUUCUUCCAGCUGGGUUUCCCCUCCGAGAUCCUGACUGACCGGGGUGGGAACUUCCUGGCCGAGGUGAUGAAGUGCUUGUGGGAGUGCUGUGGGGUGAAACACCUUAAGACCACAGCCUACCAUCCUCAACCAAAUGGGCUGAUGGAAAGGUUUAAUGGGACCUUGAAUGGGAUGCUAAAGGCCUAGGUGGCCUCUAAUCCCAAUGACUGGGAUGAGAAACUGCCUCAUCUGCUCUUUGCCUACCGGGAGGUGCCCCAGGAGUCCACUGGGUUCUCACCCUUCGAGUUGAUGUUCGGGAGGCGAGUUCAAGGUCCUCCCGAUUUGGUGAGAGAGGAGUGGAAAGGGAAGAUCCCUUCCACAAAGACCUGCGGUGGAGCAUGUGCUUAACUUUUGUCAGAAACUGACUGACAUGAUGAAGGUGGCACGAGACUCCCUGGCCCAGGCGCAGGAGAAGCAGAGUGUCUGGUAUGAGAAAAAGGCUCGCUUGCGUACCUUCGAGCGAGGCGACAAGGUCAUGGUGUUCCUGCCACUAAAAGCGCACAAGCUGCAAGUGGCCUGGGAGGGUCCCCAGCUCAUCCUGGACAGGUUGGAGGAUGUGAGUUAUGUGGGAAGCAAGAGCAGGUCACAAAAGACGCCUAAGGUAGUGCAUGUGAACAUGCUGAAACCCUACAUCGACUGAGGGGAGACGGUGUUCUGGGUUUCCCCAGCUGACAGCUCACCCGAGGACCCGGAGGAGCCGGUUAUGCAUGGUGACUGGGAUGAAGAGGCAAGGAUAGAGGAACUCCACCGGCCGGAUCAUCUGCUGUCCCAGGACAAAGACAAGCUGCUCACCGUACUCAAGGACUACGAGACAGUGUUCUCCAACAAACCAGGGUCAAGAGCUGUCAGGGGCAAGGUUCCUACUGCUGCUGGUGCAUUGCAUGAGAUGGGAGCUGAGCAAGGGGCCAGGCUGCAGCCAAUAAGAAAGACCGGGAAGAAGAGAGCGGUGGGUGCAGAUGACUGGCAGGCCUGGACGGCAUAUCAUUCAAACUGCUGUGCUGAACUGGUCAGGAGGGUGCAGCAAUGGCCAGGCUUGCAGAGAUGUGCCGUGCAGUUGCUGGACCGCAGAGGCCACCAGCGAGGCUGAGGCAUGGUGAGGCAGGCUGUGGAGAUGCUGCUGGAGAGGGAAACGUAGCAGUCUCAUAACAAUCCUUACCCAGGAGUGCUGACCAUCCUAAAGAGUAAUCAUCAGGCGCCGUUUGGAGAGCGACAGCAGAACCGGUUUCGUGGAGGAUUUCGCUCUGCGAUCUCUCAGCCCGGAGUGAGCAGGUCAGGAUCGGUCCUUGGGCAACGCUGCCGGAGACGCCGGCAGGGGUCGAGCUGGGAGGGGAGCGAGGGGCUCUUGUGCUUUCAGGCCUGUGGCCCGCGUCCAGAGAAAGUGCGACGCAUCAAGACGGAGCCGACAGGACCCUGCCCUUGGCGUGAGGGGCUGAGUAACGCUCCCUGCAGUCAUGUGUGUAGGGUGCAGGAGCUGGGCAUGCUCUGGAUGCCACCCCCUGCUGAGGCCAUGAUGAGAAAUGUUUCUCCUUGAACUCUGCAUGUUUUAUCUCCAAUCCAGAACAUCAUUUCUCACACUGGUGUCGUACCUCUUCCCAAAGCUGUUGGGUGGCAGGAAAGGGCCAGGAAGAGAAGAUCAGGGAAGAAGAGGGGUCCUGGCAUGGGCAAACAGAGAGGGGAAUGGGCGGUGGGGAGGAGAGGUGUAGUUUUGUUUUGGGGGAAGAGGCUGUGCACAAGGAUGGCUUCCAACAGGAUGGCAUAGUCCCUUUCAGGGGUAGGCGUCCCCCCAUCGGCGGCAGCGACUGCAGCUUGAGGCGGCGAGGGACAUCCAUCGGAGGAGAGGCAGGAGACCUUAGUCCAGAGCCGGAGGGAGGAGUGCGGCGUCACCAGGGCCUGUGAGCACCCGCCCAGCAGCGCUCCAUCCCCCAGGGCAGGAUGGACAGGCUGCGGCAGGUGCUCAGGAGGAGGUCGGCCAAGGUGCUCUCCAUGGGAGAGGAGAGCAGCAGGGAGCCUGGGCAGGAGGAGCGGGGCCCCACCUGCCGUGAUGAGGAGGGGCCCAUCAGGGCAAGGAGCUGGCUGUGCCCCAUCUGCUGCCGAAGUAAACUGGCAGCUCCCAGCGGCAGGGGAAAGGAGGGAAAGAAAUCAGCCACCUCCAAGUCCAGAUGGAGGUGGCCAUGGGUGCGCCUGGGCAGGCGGGAGCCAGCGCCAUCACAGCUCCCGGCACCCGAAGAGCCGUGCAGCUCCCCUCCUGGGUCAUGGGGCAGCCUGGAGCCCGGCCCUGCAGCCCCGCAGCAGGAGGCAGCCCCGUGCCAAGCCGGGGACGAGGGCCCAGCUGCCCUGGGGCAGGAGCUGAGCCAGGCCCACAGCAGCCCCUGCCUGAGCCGCAGCUCCUCCUGGGAUGACUGGCACACGUCCCAGGAGUCCGGGAGCACCAGCCCCAGCACCAGCUCCUCCUCCUCCUCCUCCUCCUUGGACUCUGAAAAGUCCCAAGAGGCCCAAAGCACCAGCACGAGCACGAGCAGCAGCUCCUCCUCGGAGGACAGCGAUAGCUCGGAGGAGUCCAACACCACCAGUUCGACCAGCAGCUCCUCCUCGGAGGACUCCAGUAGCUCCCUGGAGUCUGGGACCAGCCCGGCCCCCGGUGCCACCUGCACAGUGAUUCCCAGCCCAGCCGGCGAGGAGCUGGAGGAAGAGGAGGAGGAAGAGGAGGAGGAGGAGGAAGAUGGAAGGUCCCCGGAAGAAGCUGCCCUCCUCCUUGUGAAGAAACACCUGCAGGACCCCGGGGAGAUGCUGGACGGGAAGGACAGGCAGCGCUUCCUGCUGGCCAUCAUCAGCCUGACCAUCGCCGCGGACCAGAGCAGAGAGGUGGCUGUGGAGCUGGAGGACCUGAAAGCGGCCGUGCUGGAGAGGAUCGUGGACCUGAUGGAGACCAUCUCAGUGGAGGGCGACCGAAAACACAUCCUGGCGUACAGCAUAGACGCCAUCCGCUGCCUCAGCGACCCGAAGCUCAGCCUGGAGCCAGAGCUGGAGUCGCGCCUCCUGCGGGCCGCCGUGGAGAAGAGCUUCCUGGCCAUAGGGCGUGAAACCCAUCGAAACCAGGUCGUGCAGCGACUGUACGAGGAGUACCUGGAGGGCCUGCUGUGCUGCGUCUUGUCCAGCGCCCCCAGCCUGGGCAAGCUCUACUCCAUCUGGGAGCACUUUACAUCGUGGACUGAGGCGCCGGAUGCCCAGCACCGUGCACUGGGCAUGAAGAUCAUGACCGGCGCCAUUGCCUUUGCUGUGCAGCUCCUCCCACAAUUUGAGGGCUCCUCUGACAUACUGGAGGUGGGGGACAUGGCAGCCCGCCUGGGUCUGUCCAUCAACGACCCGGAGGAGACCAUCAGCUGCAAGGCCAGGGCGUGCAUGUAUUUGCUCGCUCAAAUCCUCCUUCAUCAGAGGGGCCAAGACAUGCAAGGGGCAGAGGAGCUGCGGUGCAAGCGCCAGAACGAUCAGAGCCAGGUCCAGAAGUACAGGGACCUGGCGAGAGUGGGAGAGGGGCUGAGAAAGAUCUUGCUGGAGGAGCAAAGGAGAGCUUUCCUGCAGAGGGCCCUUCAUGCAGUUCGCAAUGGACCGAUGCACAUCAGCCAAGCUGGGCUGGUUUUCCUGUAUGCAAUCUUGGGGGAAGCCGGCCGCUUGAUGGGGCACAAGGAGAAAGAAAUCCCCAUCAGGGUCCUGAAUAAGGUCUUCAUUAUCACCUACCUGAAGGAGCUGCCUAAAGAUCUGCAAGGGCACAGCCUGCUGGUCACCUCCUCCAGCGCCAUCGCCUCUCUCCAGCCGCCCACACUUGCUCCUGCAGCAACACCUGCAGACCACCUCAACCCUGACAGCACCUCCAUGAGAGAAGAUGACCUCCCCAACCUCACCGGGAGCCCGAUGGCUACAGAGAAAAGCUGCAACAGCGCUGAAGCCACCACACACGUCACCGACUGACAAGUCAUCAUCCAGUCUGAGCCGUCCGCCACAGCCAAAUCAGCCUCUGCAAGAGGAGCAGCCUGAGAAACCCUCGUGGUGAAGAACUUGAAUAUCUUCCAGACCAGCUCUGCAAAGGGCUGGGGAAAGACCAGGCACCAUGAGUUUGUAGUGCCCAGGUUGCCAAGUGGAGGAUGCUCUUGUUGUGUGGAUGGCAUUUUGUGACCCCUGCCUCAGGGCUUUGGCCGGUCGCCAUUUGGGGCCAGGAAGGAAUUUUUUCCCCCUUCAUUUAUGGAACCAACUUCGGGGGGUUUUUUGCCUUCCUCUGAGGCAUCGGGCAUAAUCAGACCAUCCCGGCGUCUGUUGUGUUAGUAGCCUGUCCUUGAAUCCAUCGAGAGCCAUUCAGGGAGUGAAGAGAGCAAAGGCAUAAACCACGUGCACUGUUGAACAUAGAUUUAGUGUAAUGUGUCAUGUUGAACAUAGAUGUUAUAGAAACUAAGAGGAGAUGUAGGAUAAUAAAGUUAAGCUUUAGUUUUCUUUUCUUAUAA